AUGCGUGUCACGCGAGGCCGCGCCAAAGCUACCCAGUCGGCGUCAACCACCCCUCCACCGUCGCUUGGAGUCGCCAAUGGGGCGUCAACACGCUCUACUCCGGAUACCUCUGCGAUCGACGAAGACGAGGUGGUUGCUCUCCCCAAGAAAACCGCAAAGGGCCCUACUGCCUCCAAAAGCAAAGGCAAGAAGCGUGCGUUGGAGACCGAGUCUGAGGGGGAGACUGUGCCGACUUCGAGAGCGGCCAAGCGGCGUGCUGGGAACCGGUCGCGUACAUCGAAAUCCUUCGAGGAAGCUUUCUCAGGUACGCAACCUUUCGAAGGGGUUUUGUACGGUGUCCUCAGGACUAGGCGUUCGAGUAGGAAGAUCUCGCCAACCAUCAUCCCUGAUUCCGAGGAGGAAGACCUCUUGCUCAUGGAGUCCGACCCUAGUGAAUCUGAGUUUGAGCCUGAGGAUGGGAGCGACGUAGAGCAAUUCGACACUUCAGAUGAAGAGACCAUGGUCCAGGAGGCCCUCCUGCAAUCUGUCAACGCCGCUCGCGAAGAGGCUGACCGCCGUGCAGGUGUGUCUAGCACGGGCCGGCCACCCGUCAACAGUGCCGCAGCGAAGAGGGCUGCCGCAGCAGAGAGACGGCUCGCGAAGGCGUGUGCGCAUGACGGGAACUACGCCUCCACAGGAGAGGACAUCUUGUCUCUCUCGGACGACGACGACUCAGCCGAAGAACCCCUCUCGAACAAGGGCAAGGGUAAAGGCAAGCCAAAGGUGAAGGCAAUGACCAUCCAAGACCUCCGGAAUGCCAGGAAAGAGGCAAGGGCAACACGCGCCGGUGGUCGCAAUGCGAAGGAAGAGAGAGCGUUGCGGAAACAGCUGGGACGGAAGCUCACUUAUGCGGAGAAAGCCACCAUCGCCCUUCAGAAGAACCAUCCGGAAUUGAAGGAUGUCUGGGGUGAUUUGGAGAGACACGUCAAGAUCGUCGAACCAAAGCGAGGCGAGCAACCCGCCGAUCUCAAAGUCCAACUCCUACCGUUCCAGCUAGAGAGUUUGUCGUGGUUCAAGGAGCAAGAAGCAGGUCCUUGGAGUGGCGGAAUGCUUGCAGUGCGUACUGGUCCCUCUAUGGGCAAGACCAUUCAGAUGAUUGCACUCCUACUUUCCGAUUUCGGAUCGAGACCGAAUCUAGUCGUAGCGCCCACUGUUGCCAUUAUGCAAUGGAGAAACGAAAUCGAAACGCAUACAGCAAGCAAGUUGAAGGCGCUCGUCUGGCACGGUUCAUCGCGCGAGUCAAGCGUUAAAGAGCUGCAGAAGUACGACGUGGUCCUCACUUCCUUUGCUGUUCUGGAGAGUUGUUUCCGGAAAGAACACAGCGGCUUCAAGCGCAAGGGUGUGAUCGUCAAGGAGAAGUCCCCUCUUCACCUCAUCAAUUGGCAUAGAGUCAUUUUGGAUGAAGCCCAUAACAUCAAAGAGCGACAGACGAACACAGCGAAAGCUACUUUCGAGCUCAAGGCCAAGUAUCGUUGGUGUCUUUCGGGCACUCCGCUUCAGAAUCGUGUCGGCGAGCUCUACAGUCUAGUUCGUUUCCUUGGCGGAGACCCGUUCUCAUAUUACUUUUGCAAGAUGUGUGACUGCAAGUCUCUUCACUGGGUGUUCACAGACAAGAAGACCUGUGAUGACUGCGGCCAUAGCCCUAUGCAGCAUACAUGUUUCUGGAACAACGAGAUUUUGACCCCCAUCCAGAAGAACGGCAUGCAGGGACCUGGUGCCGCCGCCUUCAAGAAACUGAGGAUUCUCCUCGAUCGGAUGAUGCUGCGUCGCACCAAAAUCCAACGAGCAGACGAUCUCGGACUUCCGCCGCGAACAGUCAUCAUCAAACGCGAGUACUUCAGUCCUGAGGAGAAGGAGCUCUACAAUUCUCUGUUCACGGACGCGAAAAGGCAGUUCACGACCUACAUAGAUUCUGGGACGAUCUUGAACAACUACUCCAACAUCUUCAGUCUGCUCACCCGCAUGCGGCAGAUGGCUUGCCAUCCCGAUCUCGUUCUGAAGAGCAAAAACAACGCUGGUGUGUUUGCAACCGACGAAGACGGAGAGGGCACCGUCUGCCGUCUCUGCAACGAGUUCGCCGAAGACGCCAUCCAGGCCAAGUGCAGGCACAUCUUCGACCGCGAGUGUAUCAAACAGUACUUGGAGGCUUCUGUCGAAGUGACGCCUGCAUGCCCUGUCUGUCACGUUCCGCUUACGAUCGACCUCGAGGCCCCCGCGCUAGAGCUCGGUGAAACCGAGACCUUGAAGGUCCGCCAGGGUAUACUUGGUCGCCUCGACCUCAACACUUGGCGGUCCUCGACGAAGAUCGAGGCUCUGGUUGAGGAGCUGAGCAAUUUGCGGCGGGAGGAUGCUACCACGAAGAGCAUCGUGUUCAGCCAGUUCGUCAACUUCUUGGACCUAAUCGCGUACAGGCUGCAGAGGGCCGGCUUUGUUGUUUGCCGUCUGGAAGGUACCAUGAGCCCCCAAGCUCGCGACGCUACCAUCAAGUACUUCAUGAACAACGUUCAUGUCACCGUCUUCCUCGUCAGUUUGAAGGCCGGUGGUGUCGCCCUCAACUUGACGGAGGCUUCUCGGGUAUAUCUCAUGGACAGCUGGUGGAACCCUGCUGUAGAGUUUCAGGCCAUGGAUCGUAUACACCGUCUGGGCCAGCACCGCCCCGUCAAGGCCAUCAAGUUGGUCGUCGAGGACAGCAUCGAGAGCCGUAUCAUCCAGCUGCAGGAAAAGAAGGCUGCGAUGGUUGAUGCUACGCUUUCUGCUGACGACUCGGCCAUGGGUCGAUUGACGCCUGAGGAUCUCGGUUUCCUCUUCAGACUCUAG